AACACUCCAAUCAGCGUUCAGUUGCGUCGCUGCGGGUAACGUCGACCCGGGAGAUCUUUGAGUUUCCCAACAUGAGUAGCUCCGAGGAAGUAUCGUGGAUUUCUUGGUUUUGUGGUUUACGGGGAAACGAGUUUUUCUGUGAGGUAGAUGAGGACUACAUUCAGGACAAGUUUAAUCUUACGGGACUCAAUGAGCAAGUUCCGCAUUACAGACAAGCACUCGAUAUGAUCCUGGAUCUGGAACCUGAUGAGGAGCUUGAGGACAACCCCAAUCAGAGUGACCUGAUCGAGCAGGCUGCCGAGAUGCUUUAUGGGCUCAUCCAUGCACGGUAUAUCCUCACUAACCGUGGCAUUGCCCAAAUGCUGGAGAAGUAUCAGCAGGGCGACUUUGGCUAUUGCCCUCGUGUUUAUUGUGAGAAUCAGCCAAUGCUGCCUAUUGGGUUAUCCGACAUACCUGGUGAAGCCAUGGUGAAACUCUAUUGCCCUAAAUGUAUGGAUGUGUACACACCGAAAUCAUCCAGGCACCAUCACACUGAUGGAGCAUAUUUUGGCACUGGAUUCCCCCACAUGCUCUUCAUGGUGCAUCCAGAGUACCGGCCAAAGAGGCCUGCCAACCAGUUUGUGCCCAGGCUGUAUGGUUUCAAGAUUCACCCAAUGGCUUACCAGCUACAGCUGCAGGCAGCCUCCAGCUUCAAGAGUCCUGUCAAAGCAAUCCGUUAAAAUCCUCAAGACAAGGGGAGGGGUGGGAUUGGGUGGGUCGUGUGUCUGUCUGCAUUGCCCAGCUCUUCUCCUACAAUUCGUUCUAAAUUUGACAGACAAACACUUAAAUGUGGAGAGAGUGAGACUAUAUCACACACUUUGGGGAGAAACCGAAACCGUACCUCUGAAACUGUAGAGACAGUGUGGUGUUCCUUGUAAAAAUGAUUUCAGUUCUUAACCGUAACAUUAAAGUUAUAAUUAUAGAUAGUUACAUGAAUCUUGCUCUUGUAGGAUCUCUCCGGUCAUGUUUGUUUUAAAUCAACAAGGUUGAGUAACACUACCAUACAAGAUUAUGGCCGGCCGGGUUGGUCAAUUCAAAAAGGCAGCAAGAACAUCGUAUAACCCCCUCCACAAUUAGACCAGAUAUUUGGCUUACUUUAGAACAGCUGUUGCAUGGAAUGACAGUGUAUUUCAGAUUUGUUUUUAGCUUGAAGUAAUAUUACUGGGUUUGUUUAUGGCUGCUUUUGUUGAUAGUUUUCGGUGCAUGUAUUAGCAGAAAUGGCUGUAAUGGAAAGACACAAAUCUAUAUUAGACAAGUAUUUUGUUUUAAUCUGGUCCGCACUCCUCAUCAGAACAACAGUGACCUGCUGAAUUCCUCCAGUGUCAAGAUUACUGAGAUUUUCUGCAGUUAGGACACGUUUGUUAUGUUUGGUUGGGCCCAGGUUUUCUCUAUUUUUGGAGUGCUUUUGUGUUUUUUGUUGGUCCUUUUUUCCGCUUCUUUCCUUUACAGCUGUUGAGGAACCCGUGUUCAGAAUUCACAAUAAAUAUCUUUUCCUAUA